AUGUGUAAAUCGUCAUAUAGCCCAGAUGAAUUUAAUGACGAAGAAAUGCAUAUUGUGUUUUUUUGUGAUGAAAACGAAGAAUUGAAGGCGGUAGAAUUCUCCACAACAUUGCUAAAAGUUCUUCGAUGGCAUUUUGAAGUCUUGCCUAGAACUUCUUUCAAGUUUUUCUUAAGCAGCACAGGUUCUUUUAUUUCUGUUUUCUUUUUAUUCCCGAUCUUGCUUUUCGUUUUAUCUAUUAAUUUCUUCUCGUUCGAAAUAUAGGGCUUUACCCUAAGUAGCCCUAUAAGGGCAGAUGAUUCCCGGUGGAAUCAUCGAGUUGAUCCAACGCAGGGCUACACAGGGUAAAACCCUAUACUUACGGUUUCAUAA